AUGUCCACAAGCUCUGGCACUUCCUUCCAAAUCCAUGAUCGGCGCUUUUCAGCAAUCGUUGGCCCGUCCCCGACAAUAGAGCUCCUCGCAGAGCAUCACGACUACCCAUUUGCGCACGAAGCUGGAGUCUUCUUUCCUGAUACCAACAAUCUCUACAUCACCAGCAACCGAUGCAUCAGUCCGGACAGACAGCAGAAGGUGCACAUUACUCGGGUCGACCUAAAUCAAAAGCCAAUCACCUACGAGGAGAUUCACACCGAUAUUCCCAUGGCCAAUGGAGGCAUUAACUACGGCCAGGAUCACAUUCUCUUCUGCGCACAGGGGUCCACGACCGAGCCAAGCGGAUUAUAUCGUAUGUCAAUAAGUGCACCAUAUGAGGCUGAACUGUUGAAGGGUGACUUCUUCGGACGACCGUUUAAUGCUGUUAAUGACGUGGUGGUGCACGCGGAUGGCUCGAUUUGGUUCACAGAUCCCAUUUACGGCUUUGAGCAAGGCUAUCGGCCAUCACCAUGCCUGCCUAACCAAGUAUACCGAUGGUGCCCAGAUACUGGGGCUAUCCGAGCUAUGGCCGAUGGAUUUGGGAGACCAAAUGGCAUCUGUUUCUCCCCAGAUGAGAAGGUCGUUUACAUUACCGAUACAGAUCGGGUUCACGGCGAUGGGACUGUGAAUGAUCAGCGAGUGUCUUCAAUCUACGCCUUUGAUGUGUCCACGUAUCACGGAGAGCCGUUUCUCACAAACCGGCGGCUCUUCGCUAUGGCAGACAACGGGAUCCCAGACGGAAUUAAGUGCGACCGCGAAGGAAAUGUGUACAGCGGUUGCGGUGGUGGAAUCAAUGUAUGGUCCCCGGGAGGUGUUCCUUUAGGUCAGAUCAUAAUUGAGGGCGGUGUUGCGAACUUUUGUUUUGGGAGAAACGGAGAGAUAUUUGCUCUGAAUGAGCACCGAUUGUGGAGAGUCCAGUUAGGAGCGGGUGUGAAAGGAGCUUUGCUCGGAUUAUAG